AUGAAUCUUCUCCCGGAUGCAAUGUCUAGAAGUAUUCCGCCAGAGACCACGUCUGCAGGGCAGUCAUCUGUAAGAGGAUCUGGUGCUGUACAUACAUAUAGUGAAAGCGCCCCCGCAUUGUCUUUUGUACUUUGGUUAUGAGUGGUCAGCUGGCGAACUGGUUUUCCAUAGUUGAUUCGCCUGUCCCUUAUCUUUUGAUCCUCUUUGAUCAUCUCUACAGGGGCUGGGUACGGUAUUGAUGGCAAUUCUCUGAAGGGGAACUUCAUGCUUUAUAGUACGAGUGUGCCAAGGUGUAGUACACAGAGCCAUUGUCUGUUAACUGCUUUAGGGACUAAUGAAUAGUGGGGACAAAAGGGUAAGCAAACUCUAAGAUGGUGGGCAUGUCAUUUCUUGAGCACACGUGACUGUACAAGUUCUCCUCCACAAGAGUCAAGGUUGCGGCCAGUUUAAGAUGACUUUGAAAUUGUGGGUUUACAUCCUGGAAAAAGUCUUUAAUUGAUGACAUGAGGAUUUCAACACUGUGUCGACUUUUUGCAAAGUGUUAUGUAUGAAGUUUCAACAGUAUGUACUGUAUUAUAAGAUUCUCUAAACGCUAUUCGAUGUGAAAAAUCCCAGUGCUUUCCAUCUUUUCCCUAAGCCAUGGAAUAGAAAUGUCAUGGUCACCAUAGAAAAUACAACUGCAGGGAAUUUCCAGUCCAUAAACUGCUCCUCGAGUUACACGCUUUCCUCUUACAAUGGCCUCUCCAUUAUUGGUCCUUCGUUUCAGAAAUUUGCUAACAUACUGAGACAUUUGUAAUGGUAUGUGGCCAACAAUCUCAUCCUCCUUGGACACGGUAUUGGAAUGUUUGGCUUUAGUAAUUAAAUUUAUCGACAGAGGCGUCACUACUGCAACAGCAUUUCCAUGUUUUUCGUUCAGUGGCUUAUGCUUCAGAGUAUGUUAUUCACCGAUGUGGGGAACCCAUGUUGUUUCAUCCUUGUAGACAUGAUAGCCUCAAUUAAAUGAAUGGACUGUGAUGCUUGAAAAGUUAUCCAUUUCGACCGCAAACGGGAGCGAAUGCUGAAUGCUAAAUGUUAAGCAAAAGAAGAUUAUGAGUUCUGUUAUUGCACGUGGUGACAUUUUGUUUGGUGCUGUUUUGAUUGGCCACGGUACAUUUUAUUCUCACCACACGAGUUUGUGAAUCAUAGAGUUCUUGUGGAAUUUUCUCGCAUCAUGUACUCAUAUAGCAUGCAUGUGUCUUUUUGUCUUUUUGGAGUUCUUAGAGAUGAAGAACUGUGUUAAAUGCUCAGGUCUUGGGAAGUAUGUCUGUCUGAAGUGUGCAAAACCUCUGUGAAACAAGACGAAAGAAUGUUCAGUUACUGCUGACAGAGAUAGUCCAGGCUGGAAAGCUGCUGUUUCGGUGGCUUAUUGUGUUUCUUGCUCUGAAGUGGCGAUCCCGAAUGCGCGGACCAAACAAGCAACCAUCCCAGUUAAGGACAGCAACCCGUUAUCAAGAAAUGCACAGCAAAGAAACAACCAGUGCGCUGACAAUCUGAUGGCUGUUAAAGGAAAUGUCUUACUCUGA